UGUAGGCGAUUGUUCGUCGUCACGUUUAAUGACGCAAUCAAAAGUCGACGAACAAGUUCACUCCCUCAGGCUCCUCAUCGAGCGGUUAUAAACGGUUAACUGUCUUCAAUAGUUUCCGCCAUAUUUUCUGAUUUCUCUGUGCUAGAAGAUAUUUACCAUGACUGCACCGCUGAAAGUGUGUAUCGUGGGCUCAGGAAACUGGGGCUCUGCUAUUGCCAGGAUCAUUGGCCACAAUGCACAAAAACUCCAGCGUUUUGCCACCAGUGUCAAGAUGUGGGUCUAUGAGGAGAAUAUAAAUGGAAGGAAGCUUACUGAUAUCAUCAACACCGAUCAUGAGAAUGUCAAAUACCUCCCAGGUUACAAACUUCCAGAAAAUGUGAUUGCAGUGCCCGAGUUGCGGGAUGCUGCACAAGGAGCAGACUUGCUGGUGUUUGUGGUCCCACACCAGUUUAUCCGAAAGCUGUGUGAUGAGAUGGCUGGUUGUGUUUCUAAGACGGCCCGUGGAAUUACUUUAAUUAAGGGUAUUGAUGAGGGACCGGAGGGGCUGAAACUCAUCUCUGAUAUCAUACGGGAGAAGAUGGGUAUUGAUGUUAGUGUCCUAAUGGGAGCCAACAUUGCUAAUGAGGUGGCAGCUGAGAAGUUCUGUGAAACCACUAUCGGGAGUAAAAUCUUGGAGAAUGGACAGCUUUUUAAGGAGCUUCUGCAGACACCCAACUUCCGCAUCACUGUCGUGGAUGAUGCAGACACCGUAGAGCUUUGUGGAGCCCUCAAAAACAUUGUGGCCGUGGGUGCAGGUUUCUGUGAUGGCCUGCAGUGUGGAGACAACACCAAAGCAGCGGUGAUCAGGUUGGGGCUGAUGGAGAUGAUUGCCUUUGCCAGACUCUUCAGUAAAGACGGCUCCGUGUCCUCUGCUACCUUUUUGGAAAGCUGUGGAGUAGCCGACCUCAUCACCACCUGCUACGGCGGACGCAACCGUCGCGUGGCAGAGGCCUUCGUCACGACAGGCAAGAGCAUUGAGGAACUCGAGAAGGAGAUGCUGAACGGCCAAAAGCUUCAAGGGCCACUAACAUCUGCUGAAGUUAACCACAUCCUAAAGCAGAAGGGCCUAGUGGAAAAGUUCCCCUUGUUCACGGCUGUGUAUCAGAUCUGCUUCGAGGGCAAGCCAGUUCAGGACAUGAUUUCCUGCCUGCAGUCUCACCCUGAGCACAUAUGAGAGCCUCUCGGAGAGCUGCAGUUGUGGUGGCCUCGAAAGCAACACCUCCACCAGCACUUCUGCCUUUAUUCAGUGAUUAGUCCUGCCUUUAUCAUAUCUUCUCAGUUUACGCACAUUUACAUUUUGAAUUUUUUCAAGCAGCCUAUAGCUAGUGGCUUAACAACACUUCUGGACUUUGUUAGGUUGGGGUCAUUCUCAGGGUCUAACAGGUCACAAAGCUGCAAAAUAUUCUCACUGAUUUCCUUAAGUACAUGAUGCAUCGAGUGAUAUCUUUUGGAACAUGAAGCCAUAUGUGAUAUCUACUCAUGCUAGUGGGUUGGGUUUUCUUUUUUUAUUCUUGUUGACUGCCCCCUUGUGGAGGGCAUUACCUACUGCAUAAACAUGGCGCAAGGGCCAUCUUAUAUUCCUCUUUUUAUCUCACCACUGACAAAACUAACGGGUUUGUAGCAUGUUUUUAAACCUCAUAAAACAUCGAAUUAAACCAGCUCAGUGAGGUUUUUAUCCAGUAGUUAGUGCUGUUGCUGGUCAGAGUCAGUGAGUGCUGCACAUUUUUUCAAGUUCUUCAGAAGGCAGAGGCCAUUUGAUGAAUAUGCUGCUGACGUGCUCACUGGUGAUGACCUUCGACACAAAAAUUCAACUUUGGGGACCAGAUACGCUUUUCCUGUUGGGCAAAGAAACGUUAAAUACAACCGUAUCCCCUAUGGAGUCAUUUAUACCUCUUACUUGUUAAUCUGUUUUUAAGCUUUUUAAAUAUUUUUUUUUUUUACAAUUAUUUGUAUCACUUUUUCCUGUCUACCCAAUGGUGAGAAUAACCUAGCAGAAAAAAAAACACUCCACUUAGUUUUAUUACGGAGGUUAUUUGGUGUCCAAUAAUUUUUUUUUGUCCUUGUACCUUAAUCUUUUCUUUUUUCUUUUAGGAAAAAAGGGAAUGUAACAGUGCUUUAACAUCAAACUGUGAAAGGGUUUUCUCUUAAAACUCCUUGAUAAUCAGAAAUGGAAUGAAUUGCAGUGUCAUACUUGUUAAUGCUUUUCCAAGAAUCAAUUGUGUACUAACUGUUUCUUCUACAAAAAACAACUGUUAUGGAUUGCCAUGGUCAUUUGUAACACACCAUCUUAUUCAAAUGGUUAAUUUUUGUAUGCUAAUUUUACAAAUCAAUACUAAUUAACCAGCACCA